AUGCCCAUCAUUCAACCCCCAAGUAAGGUCCUCGUCACCGGUGCCAAUGGAUUCAUUGCCAUGUGGGUCGUCCGUGACCUCCUCGAGCAUGGCUAUUCCGUCAGAGGGGCUGUUCGCUCUACAAAGAAAGGUGAACACCUGAGAAACUACUUUGCGAGUUACGCGUCCAAAUUCGAAACUGUCGUCGUUAAAGACAUAACCAAGGAAGGAGCGUUCGAUGAAGCUGUCAAAGGUGUAGAGGCGAUCGCCCAUAUGGCCUCCCCGAUAUCGGUGAACUACACACGGGUCGAAGAUGUGAUAGACCCUGCCGUGCAGGGGACGACGGGACUUCUACAGAGUGCGCUCAGGUACGGUCAAUCUGUGAAGCGCAUCGUGUACACUUCUUCAACGGCGGCCGUGCGACCCGAGACUCGUGAAUCCCCUGCUUUUACAGUUUUCACUGAAGAAGAUUGGAAUGUCCGAGCACUUGAAAUCCUCAAGGAGCAAGGAGAUAAGACACCCGCUGGCACGACAUAUCAUGCUUCCAAGACGCUCGCGGAACAAAGUGCACGGAAAUUCGUAAAGGACCACGAGCACGAAAUUAGCUGGGACUUGACGUCAUUAAAUCCACCUCUGCCAGUUAUCCAUGAUGUGACUGAUCCCUCUUCACUCGGAUCCUCCAUGCGGUGGUUCUACGAUAACAUCGUGGACCCCGUGAAAAGCGCCGAGCUUGGGAACAAUUCCUUUAUGGGAACCGGUGGCUCCUGGGCCGACGUUCGGGAUAUAGCUACGGCACAUCGACUGGCUCUGGAGACGCAAGAAGCAGGGGGUGAGCGAAUCAUCAUUUCAGUCGACGCGGCGAACGCGCUGGAGCCCACUCCUAAAUUAUCCAGGCCGUUACCACAGGGUGACCCGGGCUCCAAUUAUCCAGCUCCACACGAGUAUGGCGCCACCAAGUCGCAGCGCGUUCUCGGGCUGAAGUAUCGUUCAACUUUCGCCGCUCGUGGCUGGUAG